CUGUUUAAGUGACUCAGACUAAUCGCAGAUUUGCCCCAUUCAACAUGGCGGACGCUCUGACGCAUACGCAGCACAGGCAGAACCCACCCCACGAGGCGUCUGUUGACGGUUGUUGUGCGAGACUUCCGGGCAGCCACUUCCUGUCACUGGCUCGCUAACUCUAAACAUCACUGCUGCAGCUAACACAGCAAGACUUCGUACCAAACUCGUCAUUAUGACUUCGAGGAAGACCGGGUACCAUUUGUGCAGUUAAGGGUUGCCAUAACAACUGGUAUAAAAGAAAGGCUCACAUGGAGCAGGAGUGUUUCAUUCAUCGGCCGCGUAAAAGAGAUGAAUGUGGAUGUAAGGCGCCCUACGACCUGCACCCCCCGCCGAAGAACGAAGAAUAUUUUCGCCUGUGGUUAAAAGCUUUAAAUUUGAAGAAACCACCGAAGCGACCGUACGUUUGUUCUUUUCAUUUCGUCGACAAGAGACCCACAGAAGACCACCCGAUACCAGAAAAGUGGCUGGGCUACGAAGUUCCGGUAAAUACACCGGGGGGAGGCGUGAAGAGGAGAGCAGACACAGAUGACGACCGGACCGCUCCACAGUCAGGGUCACCGACGCAUAAAGAUGGUGUCACUCACUGGGAGGUUCAGGCGCUGAUGGACCACACCUACAUAUCAGGAGAAAAGAAAGACGUACGCGACGGAGAACAACCUCUUACCCAUGCCAUCCUGAAGAACGACACUAGCUGUGUAUUGUACACAGGCCUUUCACUCGGUGCCUUUUUCGAUCAUGUUAAAUAUCUGGAAACGUUCUAUGAAGCCGACUUUAAGCUGCACGUAAUGGAUCAAAUAUUGAUGACCAUGAUGAAACUUAAGUUAAAUCUACUCCAGGGUGACCUUGCGGAAAUCUUUGACGUAUCCCAGGGGUUAGUGAGCCAGAUCCUCUCCUACUGGAUCGACACAAUGGAGGAGAACAUGAGGAUCCACGUCCGCUGGCUGCCACGGAGGACAAUCCGGAGCGCAGUGCCUCAGUGCUUCAAGGAGACGUUCCCCAACACCACCUGCAUCGUCGACUGCGCUGAAACCGCCCUGCAGAAACCACACAAGCCUGACUGCAUGGGGGUGUCAUGCAGCCAUUAUUAUUCGAGCAAUACUAUAAAGUAUUUAGUUGCUAUCGCCCCUUGUGGGCUUGUUAUGUUCAUUUCCCCUGCUUAUGGCGGCAGGUGUAGCGACAGGUUCAUCGCUCAGGAGUCUGGCUUCCUGCAGUAUCUUCGUCCCGGCGAUGAAGUGAUGGCAGACAGAUGUUUUGGCAUCAGAGAUUUGCUUUCUGAGACGAGAGUCAAGCUUGUUUUACCAGCAGUCACUCGUAAAGAAGGGCAGCUGUCUGACGAGGAUAUAGCCACCACGAGGAAGAUUGCAGAUGUCAGCAUGCAUGUAGAAAGAGUCAUCAGGCGGCUCAAAGUUUUCAAAAUAGUCUCGCAGACCGUGCCCAUCAACUUGGAACACAAAAUGGACAAAAUCCUCAGAAUCUGUGCAGCCCUUGUGAACAUGCAGGGGGAAAUCUGAUUCUGAUUCUGAAAUCAUUCACGAGGAUGCUGAUUGAAAAUGGAAGUUUUGCAUAUACAAAAUGAUCCUGUUUCUACUAAAGCGUAACAUUUGUGUGUAGUUAUUGGACAGCCUGCAGUUCCUUCAUUGUUCUUUGUAUACAUGCUUUGUCUUUAGCUUUUUAUUUUUCCAGAAAUCUCUAUUCUGCAUUGCUGACUGGUUAUGUUUUACUGAAAACCAGUGGGAUUACAAAUGCACAAAAAGCGUGUUUUGACUCUCACGUUCUUGUGUUUAGCAUGUUGAUGUUUAAAAUUUUGGAAUGACUAUUUGAAAUUUUACAGAUACAAAACAAUGUGCGUCCAACUAAAAUUUGUAUUAAUAAAAGUUUGAAUGCAUUUUAACUGCUAAUGUAAUUUGUUUUUAGGUAUUUUGAUCAAGUGAAUGUUGUCUUAACCAGAUGUAAAAAAAAAAAAA